AUGCUCCGCCAGUACACCGUCUUCUAUUCCAACUACAUCGUCCUCCGAUGGAAUCAAGACGCUCUUCCUCUCGACGUUCGAACCGCUCUUCGCCUCGAGGCCACCGCCCUCCGCCGGGUCAUCGCUCUCAUGGAGGACACCAUCGACGGCGACGCCGAAGACCUCGAGGAAGCCGAAUGCCGAUUCAACCAACUCCGCGACAUCCACCGUCUCCAAGGCAUCGACGUCCUCGAACUGCGCAGGGAGAAGGAGGCGCUCGCCCGUCAAGCAGAGACGCGGCGGGCCCACACGCGCGCUCCUGAGCUCUCCGCUUUCAGGCUCAGGAUGCCGACGUUCCCGAAGCUUUCAUCGUCCACACGGAGGCUUCGGGGAAUGGCGAUGAAACUCCGGGGUACCAGGAAGACCCUAGGACCUGAUGAGGCUACCGUCCUUGCCCAGCUGCAGGCCCUCAUCGGUACCGGGGCUCGCUUGGACCCUUGGCAGAUCGCGGAAGCCUAUGCGGCAAGAUACGGGGGCGAGUACUAUAUGUUCGUCUUUCAAGCCCUGGCGGAGGCCGGCUUCGACUGAGGUCGGCUUCGCGAGGCCUCGGGCACGCCGCCCGAUGGUUUCUGGGACUGGAGCGCGAGUCCCACAGGCAUAGUGCACCUCUACGUGCCUGAAGGGGUCGACGUCGUCGGCGGCGUCGGCCCUGGAGGAGGUGACACGACCCCCGAUCUUCCUAACGCCGACGGGAAAGCACGGAAGGCGACGCCGGAUGUUGGAGCCCGAAUCUCGCUCGCUCGAGGGGCCUCGCACGACGACCGGCGCGGCGGACGCGGACGGGGAGGGCGCCGGGGAUGCUCUUGGGCGUCGUCGUGCGUUUCUUGCCAGAUGCUCCCUGGCCACGGGCGGGGUUUGUCUCGAGGGCGAAGACGAGGGACGGAGUUGGUGUUCGGGUUGCCUGGGUCGAGAGUGGGACGCCGCGAUCGCCCGGACGCUCGUUCAGUAACGCAUCUUGGCCGAGUCGGUGCGCCGGCAUGCAGUACGGGACAAUCGGUCGAGUUCGGGACGCCGCUCGAUGGGAUGUCCGUGCGACUGCGCAACUUGAAGAUAACCCGAAAAAAAUCAGAAAAUAUCAAAACCGAAAAAAGAGGCUGGCUGGAUUCGGAUUCGGAUUGGGGAUAGUGGCG